GGGCCGGGUCAGCAGCGGCCUCUCGAUGCGGUGCGCAGCAGAGCCAGCGCGGCCUCGCAGUGCCGCGGGGCAGAGCCCGUACGGUGCUGCCUGCCCGGCCCGCACGUGAUCACCAACGAGGAGCCGCGACGGCACCUGGAGGCGGCCCCGCCCCGGUCCCAGGAAGGGAGCGGCCGGAUCCGGAGGGACGGGACGGGGCGAGACGGGACGGGGCUGCCGCCCCUCAGAGGCCGCGCGACUCCGGCAGCAGCGGGCAUGGCUUUCGGGAAGGCUCCGAAGGACCCUUUCGGCACCGCCGUGGGCAGCCUGGUCGACCGGGCGACGCUUGGAUCGCUGCAGACGGAGGACUGGGGGCAGUUCAUGCACAUCUGCGACGUGAUCAACGCGACGGAGGAGGGCUGCUUGACAUGUGUAUAGAGAACUGUGGCCCAAGAUUCCAGUCUUUGGUUGUGAAGAAAGAUUUCUGUAAGGACAAGCUAGUGAAACUACUGAAUCCAAGAUAUAAUCUGCCAAUUGACAUGCAGGAGAAAAUCUUGUCCUUCAUCAUGACAUGGGCCCGAGGUUUCCCAGGAAAUGUGGAUGUGAGCGAAGUAAAAGAAGUUUAUCUAGAACUGCUGAAGAAAGGAGUGGAGUUUCCAUCUUCUGACACCAGCAGAGGGGAACCUAAGACUUCAUCUCAGCCUUCUACAAAGUCAUCACCAUCUUCUUCUAAUCCUCCAAAACAGCCUUCACCACCUCUUCCCACAGGGCCAACACUGUUGUUGACUCCUGAUCAGAUUGGGAAACUGUACAGUGAACUGGAUAUGGCAAAAACAAAUGUGAGAGUCAUGUCAUCAAUACUGAAAGAAAACGUCCCUGGCUCUGAAAAUCCAGAUGACAUGAAUCUUUUACAGAAACUGUAUAAGACCUGUCGGAUGAUGCAGGAGAGGAUCAUGGAUUUGCUGGUGACAGUGGAGAAUGAAGAUGUGAUAGUUGAGUUAAUACAAGUAAAUGAAGAUCUGAAUGAUGUCCUCCUGGGACAUGAGAGGUUCUCCCGAAACAGAGUGCGUUUUUUGGAGAAUCAGAGGAUAAAACGUGAGCGCGAAGAGCUCUACCGGAAACAACCAUCUGCUCCCUCAAGUGAUCUACUUGACCUCUCCUUGGAUUUGCCAUCUGCUGUGUCUGCAGUGGUACUUAUUGACUCUGCAGCGUCUCCUUCAGGCCGUAAUGGCAUAUCUGCACGCCCUGAAGACAAAACCAAGCAUCAUCCAUCAAUUUAUCCACAGCUAGAUUUAGCUCAGCAAUUCCCAUUUGCAACUGAAGCAUCAAAAAAUAGUGUCAGUGAUCCAGCUGGACACACAUAUAGCAAUUUGGCGACUGUCUUAAGCCCAGUGCCUCUGAAUCCAGGACAAACUACACCAUCAAAUGGAUUGUCAGCAGCAGCUGAAUCAAAGAACAAGGCACAAGCACCUCAUUACUAUGAGAUAAUGGAAUUUGAUCCCCUGGCUCCUACUGAAGCUGUUUAUGAAGAAAUUGAUGUUGUGCUGAAGGCGGAAGCUAAAAAGAAUACCAAAUGCUGAAGGUGGAGGUGAAGUCUUUUGCUGAAUGCAGGUUAUUCUCUGAUGCUGGCCCUAUGCAGUGCUUCCUGUAACAUAGAAGUGAAUAAUAGAACAGGUUUUGUGUUUAGACAUAGUAUUCCAAUACUUGUUUAUUGAGCUGUGUGGAAGUUGAAGUGUUACUUGGUUCUACACCUUGAUAACUUGUCCUCAGUGUUCAGCUGUCUCUUAUUCAAGGUGACUUUCAUUAUUUAUUUUUCAAGCAUUUUGAGGGCCUUUAAAACAUGAUUUCCAAAUUCUUCUGUGUAUCAGGUAACACUUGACACAAACAAAAAGGAUGUUAGGUUUACAGAAUCUGUGAACCCAGUUUCUCUUUCGGCCUCAUUGCUGUCUGUGUUUACCUCACUAAAAGUUUAAAAGGGGCUUUGGUAUGUAGGAUGCUGAUAGAUGACUGAAGACAGGCAGUGUUAACUCUCCAAAUUCAUAUUCUGAAUACAGGGUUUUUCCUCCUACAAGCCCACAAUAUAGUUGGAUUUUUGUCUUCCUAAGAACCUGAGCUGGGACUUGAGGUGCUGUCAUCCAUGAUGAGCAGAACAGAAAAACCCCUGCUUGUUCCAUUGUUGCUACUCUUAUUUACUCAGUAAAUAUUGGAGAGGGAUGAGUAAUUUCUUUCAGUGUUCCUGCCCUGCAGAGGUGGUUCUGGUGAAGGAAAAAAUAGUCAUCUACAAUGCAGAUGAGCAGUGGUUAUCUUUUAAUCAAACUGUGUAACCCUGUUAAUAACAAUUACCUUAAUAAUUAAAGUGCCUUAUCUAUUUUAAUGCUGAAUGUAAAAUGUGCACUUUAACAGGUAUAGUUCUCUGAAUUUAUAAUUGAUAUAAAGUUUGAGAACUUGUUUGGUGUUCAUAGCUGAUAAGCUAGGGGGGGUUGUGAAAUACUGUAUUUUACACAUUCACUAUGUUAACUGAUGUAAGUGAUGAAUUCUCCAUUGGCUCUGCAACUUUGUAGCAUAAAAUGCCAAAUAAAAUGAAAUGCUGAGAAGUUAACCCCAUCAU